AACACUAGUAGCCACAGCAGCGGUAGCAGCAGCGGCAGGAGCCGCAGCCCCGAGGGCGGCAUGGGGGAGGCGGCGCCCCCCGGCACUGCCGAGAUCGCGAACCCGACAGAGGAACCUUCUCUGCCACAGUCUGCCCCCAGCAUGGACAGUCCUAGUCUUCAAGAGCUUCAGCAGCCUCUGCUGGGGAAUACAGCCUGUGACACCCCUGUCCGGAAGCCUGGCAAACCUGAGCUGGGGCCCUCCUUAAGAGAGACAGCCUUUGCAGAGUCCCUGAAGGGUUGGCAGUUCCUACCACCACCUCUUCCCUCUGUGAGUGCUGGACUGGGGGAACCAGGACCCCCUGACCUUGAGGGCAUGUCAUCCAGUGAUAGUGACUCGGACUGGGGGGGUGACCGCCUCUCCCCACUUCUGCCCCACGACCACCUUGGCCUGGCAGUCUUCUCCAUGCUGUGUUGUUUUUGGCCUGUGGGCAUCGCUGCAUUUUGUCUGGCCCAGAAGACCAACAAGGCUUGGGCCAAGGGGGACGUCCAGGGGGCAGGGGCCGCCUCCCGCCGCGCCUUCGUGCUGGGGGUCCUCGCUGUCGGGCUGGGCCUGUGCACAUACGCGGCUGCCCUGGUGACCCUGGCUGCCUACCUUGCCUCCCGAGACCCACCCUAG